CUUAUUUUAAACUUAAUAAGUAGUUUCUCGGAACCUUACCAAAUCAUUUAGAGACAUUUUUAGAGGAGACGAUGGAUCGUUUUCGGUCUAUUUUCCUCUGUUUAUUUGUCACUCAGACUUUAGGAAAUUUUAUAAAAUUCCGAAGUGGUUAUGAAUACCUUUAUCAUUUUAAUUCGGAUUCCGUUAUUAAAGAACUAGACAAGUUUCAGACAAAUGCAAAGAUCAGUUUUACAGCAAUACAAGACGGACAUGAAUUUCAGGAAAUUCUUCUGAAGAUUUAUGCAUUCUCUUUCAAGCCAGGUGAACACAAGUCAACUCGUAAUAACAAUGAUGACCUUGAUUUUUCCAACUGGUUUUCUUUCGACAUAACACCACAUGGAGAAAUAUUGCGAGUGUACCAUCCAGUUUAUGAAAAUAUUGAUGUACUUACGGCAAAGAAGGGUUUUGUUUCACUUUUAGCAGCUAAACUUCAUUAUGGCAAAGAGAAUGAACAAUCCAGCACUGAAUGGAGUUACAAAACAGAAGAGUUUGGAAAUGAAGGGCAUCAUAAUGCUACAUAUUCAGUUGUCAGGACACCUACUGGUAUUGAAUUUAAGAAGACAAGACAAAGUACUCCAAUACCAAAUGCAAAAGGAAGUCACAUGAAGACUUUGCAUUUUGAUCAUGACCUAGGAACCAUUCACAGAGUACUUGUUGAAGAGGAUUUUUCAUCACCUCAAAUUUCACCAGACUUUGAUCCAUACCACAACAUGAGAAAGUAUAAGGCUGUUAAUGACUUCAAUUCCAUGGAUUAUCCAACAAUGUCGGCUACAAAUCAUGGUGAAUUGAAAUUUCUUACAAGACAGACAGUGAAAGAAAUUGAAUUCAGACCAUCAGAAAAAGUUGUGAAUGCCAGUCUACAUGCAACCACUUACAACAAGACAGCUCAUUCUGAUAAGACUAUUAAGGAGUUAAAAGAAAUCAUCAAAGACAGUGUGGAUUGUAUAAGAGAUGAACCAGAGCAAGGAUCAAGAAAAGUUUUAACAUGUUUUCACGAAUUGGUGGAAGCUACAGGAAGUCUACCUAAUGAAGAACUUGAUAACAUAGCUAAGGGAUACUUUAUUGUACUUAAACCUGUCUCCAAAAAAAACAAGGAAAGUAUAGAGAUAAUGAUAGAUGCAUUUGCAGUUCUUUCAAACGACCAUGUGCAGGGACUGCUGACAAACAUGAUCAUCAGAAAUCCUAAACCGCAGGAGAACUUCAUAAUGAGGCUUGUGUCACAUGUAUCAGGAUAUGACAGUUCUCCUGAUGAGAGUAUAAUAAAUGGUAUGGUUGACCUGUGUUUCCACAAAGAUAAGUUUCCUGAGUAUCUGUACACUGGAGAUCUCUAUAACAGAGUACUGUUGGCACUAGGUUCUGUUGUGCACAAGCUGGCCAAAUGUGGACAGAUAGAAAGGGCAACAGAUAUAAUAGACAAAGUUCAUAGUAUGAUAGGACUGCAUGGUAAAAUUUUCUUUUUUUAUAAAAGUAUUAACAAUUUUCCAAAGAGAAACUUGUUGUAUAUGUUUUGA